UCCCGCAGUUCCUGGUUUGGGCUCCGGCGGCCGGAACUGGUGUUGUCUGUGGUCUAAGGGUUUCCUUACUUUCCGCUCACAAUUUUCACCAUCCCUUAAGUGAAAUUAAAUUCUAGCUGGCCAGGAGAGCCUCCUUUGGAAAGCAGAAACCUGGGAAAUCAUAUCUACAUACAUAUCAUAUAUAUAUAUAUAUAUAUAUAUAUAUAUAUAUAUAUAUAUCAGUUAUGUGUGUGUCUGUGUGUGUUUUUUUCACAGAAGCAGCAGAUCGUCUGGAGCUGAAGUUAUAGGCAGUUGUGAGCUGACGCUGGAGCCCAGCUCUGAUCUUCUGCAAGAGCUACAUAGGCUCUUAACUCCUGAGCGGUCUCUCCAGCACUCCCACCCCCUUUUUGAGACAGUAUCUCAUAUUGCAGCCUGGCCGGCUGCAAUGCGUUAAAAAUAAAAUAAAAAUUGAGGUUGACUUCGAACUCGCAGAGAUCGUCUGGCACUUCCUCCGUGUACUAUCAUAAGAGGCACAAGAUCAGGGCUCUUACUGUAAAGGAUUCUUAGGCUAGAUAACAAAGUCCUUUCUCAGCCUAGCUUAAUCCUGUCUCACUGUUUUAGUGGUUCAUUGGUUGGUUUUGUUGCUUCAUUGCUGGGAAUGUACACUCUGCCUCUUCGGACAGCUUUUAGAUAAAGGUGUUUGUAUCUGUCUUGAGGGUUGCUUGCUUUGACUCAAUUCAUGGCUUCCCUCUCUUGCUGAAAUGGCUGUGAAGUACAGUACGUGAGUUGUGGCUGCCCAUCAGUCAACUCUUUUCAGAAUGAAAGUGUGUGUCAGGGUGAAUGUGACCCCAGUGAAGCCGGAAGCUGUCAUUGAGCGGUGGGCUGAGAAAAGGAACGUCCAGGCCCUGAAAUCAGUUCUGGUCCUUCCCAGGUUUCCCCUUCUCUAGAGCAUGGGAGGAAGGGCUAUGCAAAUGAGCAUCCCUUCCUAUAUAGGGGCUCAUUCCCACCCCUGGCACCUUCGGCUGCUGAAAGGAAGAGCAGGAUGGAUGUGCCAAGGAGGUGCCCUCUCCCUCUGUUUGUACUGAGUGCUUUGCUGGCUGUGGGGGCCGUAGAAGGAUCCAGGAACCAAGACUGGCUUGGUGUCCCACGGCAACUUGGAACUAAGGCCUGGGACAGGCAGCUGUAUCCUGAGUGGACAGAGGUGCAGGCACCUGACUGCUGGAGAGGUGGCCCGGUGUCUUUGAAGGUCAGAAACGAUGGACCUACACUGAUUGGUGCAAAUGCCUCCUUUUCCAUUACCCUGCACUUCCCUGAAAGUCAAAAGGUGCUGCCAGAUGGGCAGGUUAUCUGGACCAACAACACCAUCGUCAAUGGGAGCCAGGUAUGGGGAGGGCAGCCAGUGUAUCCACAGGGACCAGAUGAUGCCUGCAUCUUCCCUGACGGUGGACCCUGCCCAUCUGGCCCUCGGCCUCCCAGAAGAAGCUUUGUCUAUGUUUGGAAGACCUGGGGACAAUACUGGCAGGUUCUGGGGGGCCCGGUGUCCAGGCUGAGCAUUGCAACAGGCCACUCGAGGGUGGGCACACACACCAUGGAAGUGACUGUCUACCACAGACGGGGGCCCCAGAGCUACGUCCCCCUGGCUCAUUCCAGUUCAACCUUCACCAUUACUGACCAGGUCCCCUUCUCUGUGAGUGUAUCCCAGCUGCAGGCCUUGGAUGGAGAAAACAAGCGCUUCCUGAGAAAUCAGCCUCUCAUCUUUGCCCUUCAUCUCCAUGAUCCCAGCGGCUAUCUGGUUGAGGCUGACCUCUCCUACACGUGGAAUUUUGGGGACAACACUGGGACCCUGAUCUCUCGGGCAGUCGAGGUCACUCACACUUACCUGGAGUCCGGCUCAGUCACUGCCCAGGUGGUAUUACAGGCUGCCAUUCCCCUUAGUUCCUGUGGUUCCUCCCCAGUCCCAGGUACCACAGACGGCUACAUGCCAACUGCAGAGGCAUCUGGAACCACAUCUAUACUAGGGACCACUACAGAAGGUGUGGGUACUACAACAGGCCAAAUGCCAACCACACAGCCCUCUGGAACCACAGUUGUACAAAUGCCAACCACAAAGGGCAUAGCUACUACCUCCAAGCAGUUGCCAACCUCAGCAGUCCUAGAUACCACACUGGCUGAGAUGUCAACUGCAGAUGGUAGAGGUACCACACCCACAAGGCCUGCUGGAGCCACAGAUGCACAAGCAACGACCACAGAGUUGGUAGAAACUACCACUGAAGCGUUACCCACUCCUGAACCUGAGGGUCCAGAUGCCAGCCCAUUUCUGCCUACAGAAAGUUCUACAGGGUCUGUCACCCCUCUCCUGGAUGGCAUAGACACCUUAAUGCUUGUGAAGAGACAAGUUCCUUUGGAUUGUGUUCUGUAUCGAUAUGGUUCUUUUUCCCUCACCCUGGACAUUGUCCAGGGUAUUGAAAAUGCUGAGAUCCUGCAGGCCGUGACAUCCAGUAAGGGUGAUGCGUUUGAGCUGACUGUGUCCUGCCAAGGCGGGCUACCCAAGGAAGCCUGUAUGGACAUUUCAUCACCAGGGUGCCAGCCCCCUGCCCAGAGGCUGUGCCAGCCUGUGCCACCAAGUCCAGACUGCCAGCUGGUCCUACACCAAGCUCUGAAAGGUGGCUCCGGGACCUAUUGCCUCAAUGUGUCUUUGGCUGAUGCCAAUAGCCUGGCAGUAGCCAGCACCCAAAUUGUUGUUCCUGGUCAAGAAGGUGGCCUGGGGCAGGCUCCCUUGCUUGUAGGUGUCUUACUGGUGUUGAUGGCUGUGGUCCUUGCAUCUCUGAUGUAUAGGCGCAGGCUUGGGAAGCAGGGGCCUGUUUCCCAAACGCCGAACGGCAGCACCCACUGGCUGCGCCUGCCCUCAGUCUUCCGCACUUGCCACACUGGUGAAAACAGCCCGCUCCUAAGUGGGCAGCAGGUCUGAGUACCCUCAUGAGUUUCCUGGGGUUGGCAGCAAUGCCUGCAUCCCUGAAGUCUUCCCUUCGAGGCUAGCGAAUACCUGAAAUAAAUUCUCAGACCCUU